AUGCUGAAAGUUAAUGUAGAUGCAGCAGUUGGUAAUAUUAAUAAGGGAGGUGUAGGAGUUGUUAUUAGAGAUAACUUGGGCCAAGUCAUGGCAACAACUUGUUGGGCUAUUCCCUUCCCCCUUAAGGCCCAUGAGACAGAAGUAUAUGCUGCUUAUCGAGGAAUGAAGAUGGCUAUAGAAAGUUGUUUUACAAACAUCAUUUUGGAGAGUGAUAGUAUGCAAGUGGUGAAAGCUCUCAAACAAGGAAAGAUAAAUGAUUCUUGUUUUGGUUCCUUCAUUGCUGAUAGUCUAUAUUUAAUAGAAUCUCCACCAUUUGCAGUGGCUUCAUUAUCCCUCUCUUUCUCCAUUAUCCUCCCAACUCAUUUCUUCCUCCAACCAAAGAUCCAAACUUGGUUCUCUCCUCAACAACCCAAUACGCUCAAAGUCCCAACCCAAGCUUCUUCUCUCGCCCACCUUUCUCUCUCUACACCAACCCCACUUUCUCUCUCCUCAAACUCCAUUAACAACAAACUUUCGUUCAUCUUAAUAAUCUCCCACAAUCCACUUCAAUCCCCUUUCCCUCUUCUCCCCCACCGUCCUUUUGACCCCUUAGGCAUCACCGCACUCCGCUGUGCCGCCGUCGUGUGGUCCCGUAACGACCUACGCGUCCACAACAAUGAAACCCUAAAUACCGCACACAACGAAUUACACUCAAUCUUAGCUAUUUACUGCUUUGACCCUUCAAAUUACGGCAAAUUCUCUUCAGGAUUCGAUAAGACCGGUCCUUUUUGUGCCAAUUUCUUGAUCCAAUCGGUUUCAAAUCUCAGGAAGAAUCUUCAAGAGCGUGGGUCAGAUCUCGUUGUCAGGGUUGGGAAACCAGAAAUUAUUUUUGUUGAGAUUGUUAAAGUCGUUGGUGUUGUAUCAAAAAAAUUGUUGUUGAAUAAAUUAAUUAUUGUUGUUGUUUUUCUUUAUGUAUUUUUUUCUAUUGUUGCUAUUGAUAGUGUUGGUGGAUUAUGAGAAAGAGCCUGUGGGUUAUAUCUGGUGGUAAGAGAGGGACAGUGGGAUGAAGGUAGAGGUGUGGGUGAUUGGGUGCAUGUGGUGGUGGGUGGGUCAGGUUCAGAGGUUCACUGGUGAGGUUGAACGGUAAUGGAUGAUAAUGACGCCGAAGAGGAGGUGAAAGAUAAUGAUGGUGGACUAAUUUACUUACAACAUGGUGGAAUUGAUGAUGAUGGUGGCUGGGA